UCCCGGUCCGAUCCCGGUUCGAUCCCGGUCCGAUCCCGGUUCGGCGGCCCCGGGCCCAUGGAGCCGGCCGAGGUGGAGUUCCUGGCCGAGAAGGAGCUGGUGACCAUCGUGCCCAACUUCAGCCUGGACCGGAUUCACCUGAUCGGGGGAGAUCUGGGUCCCUUCAAUCCUGGUUUGCCAGUGGAAGUGCCUGUGUGGUUGGCCAUUAAUCUGAAGCAGAGGCAGAAGUGUCGGCUCAUCCCCCCAGAGUGGAUGGAUGUUGGGAAACUGGAGGAAAUCCGUGAUCAGGAGCGGAAAGAAGACACCUUCACUCCGAUGCCCAGCCCCUACUACAUGGAACUCACCAAGCUGCUGCUGAACUAUGCCUCUGACAACAUCCCCAGGGCAGACGAGAUCCGGACGCUGGUGAAGGACACGUGGGACACGCGCGUGGCCAAGCUGCGCCUGUCCGCCGACAGCUUCGUGCGCCAGCAGGAGGCUCACGCCAAGCUGGAUAAUUUAACCCUGAUGGAGAUCAACACCACCGGGACUUUCCUUACCCAAGCCUUGGAUCACAUGUACAAGCUCCGGACUAACCUCCAGCCUGGAGAGAGCUCCCACUCCCAGGAUUUCUGACUGGGAGCUGGGAAAGAGCUGGAGCAGCUCCCUCCUCCCUGCAGGGACCUCCCAGCCCUCAAAUCUCCCCUCGGGGCUGGGUGGGAAUUGCUCCAGAGCAUCAGAGCCUCGGUGACUCGCUGGGCGGAUCUCUCGGGUUGUACUUCAGCAAGGGAACUUCUGAGGGCAGCACAGGCCACGCACUGCCUUGAAAGCCAUAAAUUUCGAGGCGGUGCUUCCAUGGAUUUUCUCAGAGCCUUGGGGAAAAAAA